CCCGGCUUCCGUAGUAUUGAUGUGGCUUCUGCUUGGCCGGGCACUUCCACGUCACCCAGUGAGCGAUUCUUCUCCUCCUCCGCCUCCCUGACACGGUCAGAGACUGGGCGCCGGGAGCCGCAGAACCAGCUUCUUCUUUAAUAGAGCAAAGCACCUGAAAGCAGAACAAUGACUGCUGCAGAGAAUGUGUGUUACACAUUAAUAAACGUUCCGAUGGAUUCGGAACCUCCAUCAGAAAUCACAUUGAAGACUGACCUGGAAAAAGGAGAUGUCAAGUCCAAAACAGAGGCGCUGAAGAAAGUGAUUAUCAUGAUUCUGAACGGAGAGAAGCUCCCAGGUCUGUUAAUGACGAUAAUUAGAUUUGUGUUGCCGCUUCAGGAUCACACCAUCAAAAAGCUACUGCUGGUCUUCUGGGAAAUCGUUCCUAAGACAACUCCAGAUGGGAAACUGUUGCAGGAAAUGAUUCUUGUGUGUGAUGCUUACAGGAAGGAUCUCCAACAUCCUAAUGAAUUUAUCCGUGGCUCCACGCUGCGUUUCCUUUGUAAACUUAAGGAAGCAGAGCUGUUGGAGCCGUUAAUGCCAGCUAUCCGUGCCUGCCUCGAACACCGGCAUAGCUAUGUCCGUAGGAAUGCGGUUCUUGCCAUCUACACUAUAUACCGAAACUUUGAAAACCUCAUUCCCGAUGCUCCUGAACUGAUUCAUGAUUUCCUAGUGAAUGAAAAAGACGCCAGCUGCAAGAGAAAUGCUUUCAUGAUGCUUAUUCAUGCCGAUCAGGACCGAGCUCUGGAUUAUCUAAGCACUUGCAUUGACCAAGUACAGACAUUUGGUGACAUCCUUCAGCUGGUUAUUGUUGAGUUGAUCUACAAGGUUUGUCAUGCCAACCCGUCAGAGAGAGCGCGCUUUAUUAGAUGCAUCUUCAACCUGCUGCAGUCAUCUAGUCCUGCAGUGAAAUAUGAAGCAGCUGGGACACUUGUCACCUUGUCCAGUGCACCGACAGCCAUUAAGGCGGCUGCUCAGUGCUACAUUGAUCUGAUUAUUAAAGAAAGUGACAACAAUGUAAAACUCAUUGUCUUGGAUCGUUUAGUUGAGCUGAAGGACCACCCAUCUCAUGAACGUGUGCUGCAGGAUCUUGUCAUGGACAUCCUGAGAGUUCUCAGCACCCCAGAUCUAGAAGUACGUAAAAAGACUCUUCAGUUGGCUCUCGAUCUGGUUUCUUCUAGGAAUGUUGAAGAGCUGGUGAUUGUGCUAAAAAAAGAAGUAAUCAAGACUAACAAUGUGACCGAACACGAAGAUACAGAUAAAUACAGGCAGCUGCUAGUGCGAACUUUACACUCCUGUAGUGUCCGCUUCCCAGACAUGGCGGCCAACGUCAUCCCUGUGUUGAUGGAGUUCCUGAGCGACAGCAAUGAGGCUGCAGCUGCAGAUGUCUUGGAGUUUGUACGAGAAGCUGUGCAAAGGUUUGAUCACCUCCGGCCGCUGAUUGUAGAGAAGAUGCUGGAGGUUUUCCAUGCCAUCAAAACUGUAAAGAUAUUUCGAGGAGCUUUGUGGAUCCUGGGUGAAUAUUGCAGCACAAAAGAUGAUAUCCAGAGUGUGAUGACAGAAGUGCGCCGGUCACUGGGAGAGGUCCCAAUUGUUGAUAGUGAAAUCAGGAAGGAAUCGGGUGAGAAAGCAGAGGAAGAAGUGACUGUUGGCCCCGCUCAGAAGCUGGUCACAGAGAUGGGCACUUACGCCACACAGAGUGCGCUCAGCAGUUCACGACCUGCAAAGAAGGAUGAAGAGAGACCGCCACUGAGAGGAUUCCUGCUGGAUGGGGAUUUCUUCGUAGCAGCAUCUCUGGCAACAACUCUAACCAAGAUUGCACUGCGCUAUGUGGCGUUGGUUUCAGAAAAGAGGAAGCAAAAUUCCUUUGUUGCAGAAGCUAUGUUGCUCAUGGCUUCCAUCUUGCACCUGGGGAAAUCCUCUCUUCCAAAGAAGCAGAUUACUGAUGAUGAUGUGGACAGGAUCUCACUCUGCCUUAAGGUGCUGUCUGAAUGUUCUCCACUCAUGACUGAGAUCUUCAACAAAGAGUGUCGCCAGUCCCUGUCUCUGAUGCUCUCUGCUAAGCUCGAAGAAGAGAAACUUUCUCAGAAGAAAGAAUCAGAAAAGCGAAAUGUGACUGUUCAAGCAGAUGACCCCAUAUCCUUCAUGCAGUUGACUGCCAAAAAUGAAAUGUCUUCCAAAGAAGAUCAGUUUCAGCUGAGUCUCCUUGCUGCAAUGGGGACCACCCAAAGAAAAGAAGCUGCGGACCCUCUGGCAUCUAAAUUAAACAAAGUCACCCAGCUGACUGGUUUCUCAGACCCAGUGUAUGCAGAAGCCUAUGUUCAUGUUAACCAGUACGAUAUCGUAUUAGAUGUCUUGGUUGUCAAUCAGACUAGUGAUACUUUGCAAAACUGUACCCUGGAGCUGGCGACUCUAGGUGAUUUGAAGCUUGUAGAGAAACCGUCCCCCCUCACACUCGCCCCACAUGAUUUUGCAAACAUAAAAGCCAAUGUUAAAGUUGCAUCUACAGAAAACGGGAUCAUUUUUGGUAAUAUUGUGUAUGAUGUGUCAGGUGCAGCAAGUGACAGAAACUGCGUUGUCCUAAGCGAUAUUCACAUUGACAUUAUGGAUUACAUCCAGCCUGCAUCUUGCACAGACACAGAGUUCCGGCAGAUGUGGGCGGAGUUUGAAUGGGAGAACAAGGUGACCGUCAACACGAACAUUGUUGAUCUGAAUGAAUAUUUGCAGCACAUUCUGAAAUCCACAAACAUGAAAUGCUUAACCCCGGAGAAGGCUCUGUCUGGCUACUGUGGUUUCAUGGCUGCAAACCUUUAUGCUCGUUCCAUAUUUGGAGAGGAUGCCCUUGCCAAUGUCAGCAUUGAAAAGCCAAUUCACCUUGGGCCCGACGCCCCUGUGACUGGACACAUAAGAAUUCGCGCUAAGAGCCAGGGAAUGGCUCUAAGUCUGGGUGAUAAAAUCAAUCUCUCACAGAAGAAAUCCUGUAUAUAAGGCAGAGUAGACCACCUCGGGAUCAACGUAAUAAAACAUUCAGCCAAUAUGCUGUUCUCAUUUGGAACAUACUGUAUUUGAAGUCGUCCCCGCCCUGUGUGCUUCGUAGCAACAGAAUACAUUGGAGCAGAUAAUUUAUAGUAUUUUCAGAUCUCCUGUGAUCAAGAUCACUAAACCUAUAAAAUUUAUAUAUAUUUUUCUUUCUUAUAUUCAUACUGUCUCCUAACACAUACUGAGACUAUCCGACCUUCAAUAAAAUGUAAUGCCCACUAUGUCCUAUACGGUGACGUUUGAUAAUAAAGCAAUCUUGGUUUUGUUUUUUUUUUA